UAAUUUACCAACAGAAACCACAUAAUGAAUAUGUUGCUCUGGCUCCCAGCAUACCCAACAAUCCAACCUGGCUGGGACCUAGAUGAUGAAAUCCAUGCCACAUUCUUCAAAUGCAUCAGUUGGCAAGUGGAGGAAACCUUGGAUACAGUCAAUUGCCCUUACCAUUAUUUCUGUGAUAAAACGUACCCUUCAAACUACCCUCUUGUUGUUGAUAUCUUGGUCCUUCUCUUCACAGCAGCUUCUUACUUUGUGACUCUUGCCAUAUUGGUAAUGGACAUGAGUUCAGGAAGAGGCAGAAUCUUUUUGUGUCAAUCAAAAAGAUUCCUUCUGCCCUCAGGUCCUAUAUCCCUCCCUCUAAUAAUAUUAGCCUUUGCAAAGGGUCCUCAAAUCAACACAAUAUUCCCACUCAAUUGCAUUGGUCCUGCAAUUCUUCUAAUGGUUCUCAUUUCUGCAUUGUCCUUUGACAAUGCAGCUGAUAAGGACUUCAAGUACACUUUUUUUGUGGCAUCAACAGUGUCUGGCAUUUUGCAUGCAAGCUUGUAUCUGGAUUCCGUUGUGCUGCCUUACUACACAGGUUUUGAUGCACUCAUGUCCUCAACAUUUUCAGGAAAUUAAAGAGCUGAUUUCAAGGACCAAUGACCUCCGGGAAGAAGCUUAAGGAAGAAGAAGACUGAGAUUUAAGAAGGAAAGUAUAUGUCUCUUAUUCAUUUGCUGAUUAUUUACAUACGUAUAUAUAGAGUUAGCUGCUAACAGAAUUGUCCUAAUCCUUUAGGAAUAUUCUCAAUAACAGAAUUUGGUUAGGGCUGUCUCCUAGUAGUAGACAACAAUCUUCAGCAAAUCAUCACUGAUAUCCUUACUGCCAGCUCAGCUUUGCACCUUCAGACGUAGUCUUCAGACAAAAUCCUUGAGGCUUGCUGUUUGCACCACUGUUUCUGCUUACCCCUGUGUUUGCUGCCUCUGUGCCUGAUAUGCUGUCAACCCCUACUUGCACCUUUGAUUCCAUCUUUGUGCAUGCGUUUUCUACUACUUCCUUUGGUCCCUUAUCAAAUACCUUAUACCGAUCACUCUUCUUUUGCAAACAUCUUCUUCAAUUCUAGCACUUCUUUGUCAUUGUUAUCUCCUUCACAAGUGUACCAAGUUGCACAAGUAGUAUAAAAUAAUUAAUAAGACUGGGUAUUGAAUUUCACAGGGACUAUGAUUGUACUCAGAGUUAUAUGUAUAUCUAACAAUUAAGCAAUUAGUGACUCAAAUUGAAUCUUA